CCGAGAGUCCUGUGCUCAGUUUAAAGGCAAAGAGGACCCACAGCACAGGCUUUUCAAGAAUUCUCUUAAUAUGGCUAAGAAAAACUCUUUGCAGUUACAUCAGCUAAUAUCCUUGUUCACUUUUGCUGUCGGGGUGAACAUCUGCAUUGGAUUUACAGCCAAUCGGUUUCGACGUUCUGGAGAUGGCGAAGACACCUUGUUCUCAGUCUUAUCAGAUUCCCCCUGGGUCAGUACUGCUGGAUCCUGCAGAAACAGAUGCUUUGAACUUCAAGAGGCUGAGCCUCCAGGAUGCCGUUGUGACAACCUGUGCAAGAGCUACACCAGUUGUUGUGCUGACUUUGAUGAACUAUGUUUAAAGACAGCUGGAGGCUGGGAGUGUACGAAAGAGCGCUGUGGGGAGGCAAGGAAUGAAGAUAACGCCUGCCAGUGCUCUGAAGACUGCCUGGCCAGAGGAGACUGCUGUACUAACUUCCAAGUGGUUUGCAAAGGAGAAUCUCACUGGGUUCAGGAUGAUUGUGAGGAAAUACGGGCUCCGGAAUGCCCAGCAGGUUUUCUUCGCCCUCCUUUGAUCAUCUUCUCUGUCGAUGGCUUCCGGGCAUCCUAUAUGAAGAAAGGCGAUAAAGUGAUGCGCAACAUUGAAAAACUAAGAUCCUGUGGAACUCAUGCUCCGUAUAUGAGGCCUGUCUAUCCUACAAAAACCUUCCCUAACUUAUAUACUCUGGCAACAGGACUCUACCCUGAAUCUCAUGGAAUCAUUGGCAAUUCAAUGUAUGACCCUGUAUUUGAUGCCGCCUUUAGUCUGCGAGGCCGGGAGAAGUUCAACCACAGAUGGUGGGGAGGACAACCAAUAUGGAUUACUGCCGCCAAGCAAGGGGUGAAAGCUGGUACAUUCUUUUGGUCGCCUAUGAUUCCUCAUGAACGCAGAAUAUUAACGAUACUGCAAUGGCUAACCCUUCCAGAUAACGAAAGACCUUAUGCAUACGCUUUCUAUUCUGAACAACCAGAUAUCGCUGGCCACAGAUAUGGUCCUUUUAGCUCGGAGGAGAGUAAUUAUGGCUCCUCUCUUACUGCUCCGUCUAAAAGACCUAAGAGAAAGAUCACUCCUAAGAGGAGACAGAAAAGACGUGUUGAUCCUUCAAAGAAAAGAAGAAAAGUACACAGAGCGGAACUAUACUCUGCGGAAUCCCGUCGGAACAAAAUGUCACAUCCACUGAGAGACAUCGACAAGAUCCUGGGCCAGUUAAUGGAUGGACUGAAGCAACUGAACCUACAUCGAUGUGUCAACAUCAUCUUCGUGGGUGACCAUG